AUGGGGUUCCACUACUGGAGACAGUAUAAAGAGUUACCAAAUGAGAACCGACUACAGUAGCCUACGGCCGUUACGGUAGUUCAAGAGUGCUUUAACCUACUCAAGAGAUUACAAUUGUACACAAACCUAUGACUGAGUUUACUCCGUUAUAAAAAGUAGGCUAUAAGUUGAGCUCUUUAAAUAAAGGUUUUCAUUGUUGAAACAUCGCAAAGUUUUUCACAAAAACUACCAAUAAUUAUCGUGAUAUUUUACUAUAAAGAUGACAGCCGACGGACACGGUUCAAAAAUAAAAAGUCGAAUAAGAAACAUGCUGCGUACCCCAUCGGUAAAACUACGGAGGAAUCGCGAGGAAAACAUUGCAGGGAAGGUAACUCUGGAGAGGGUCUUGGGCAUCACAGCCUCUGGCAACAGUGGUCUAGCCUGUGACCACCACUCUGGUCUGGUGGUCUAUCCAGCAGGAUGUGUGGUCGUCCUGUUGAACCCCAGGAAGAACAGACAGCACCACAUCCUCAAUACCUCCAGGAAGACAAUCACAGCUCUGUCCUUCUCCCCAGAUGGCAAGUAUCUUGUCACAGGAGAGUCCGGUCACCUUCCGGCGGUGCGUGUUUGGGAGGUGUGUGAGCGUCGGCAGGUGGCCGAACUUCAACAACACAAGUAUGGCGUGUCGUGCGUGGCCUUCUCCCCUGACAGUAAAUACAUAGUCAGUGUUGGCUACCAGCACGACAUGAUGGUCCACGUUUGGGCAUGGAAGAAAAACACGGUAGUUGCUGCAAACAAGGUGUCCAGUAAAGUGACAGCCGUGGACUUCUCAGAGGACAGCUCCUACUUUGUGACAGCAGGAAACAGACACGUCAAGUUCUGGUACCUGGAUCGUUCUAAAUCCAACAAGGCCAGUGCUCCAGUCCCCCUUCUGGGACGCUCUGGGCUGUUGGGGGAGCUCAGGAACAACUUCUUCUGUGACCUGGCGUGUGGGCGUGGCUCCAAGGCCGACAGCACCUUCUGCAUCACCUCCUCCGGCCUGCUGUGUGAGUUCAACAGCAAGAGGAUGUUGGACAAGUGGGUGGACCUACGGACCAGGGUGGCCAGAUCCCUGUGUGUGUCAGAAGAGCUGAUCUUCUGUGGCUGCGGGGAUGGGAUAGUGAGAGCCUUCAGUCCUGCCGACAUGCGGUUCAUCUGUACCCUGCCACGACCCCACCCCCUCGGAACUGACGUUUCCGCGGUUACACAGGCCAGCCACCUGUUCUCCAACAAGAUGGACGCCCGCUACCCUGACUCUGUGGCGGUGACCUAUGACCCGGUCAGUCAUUGGUUGAGCUGCGUGUAUAACGACCACAGCCUGUAUGUUUGGGAUGUCAGAGACCUCCGCAGGGUGGGCAAGGUCCACUCUGCCCUCUACCACGCCUCCUGUGUCUGGGACCUGCAAAUGUUCCCAGAAGUAUUAGAACUCCCAGAGUCUGGCCUGUCUUCUGGUGUGUUUCUCAGUUGUUCUGCUGACAACACCAUCAGACUGUGGAGCACAGAUGGGCAGAGACACUAUCACAUCCAGAAUGUUCUCAGUAAGGAACUGUUGAAGGUGAUCUAUAUCGAUGGAAACACCACCGCCCUAGUGGAUACAGAGGGGAGUGCGUCCGUGAGCACAGAGAAGGCUGAGGGACAGAAUGCAGAGACCAGGACCGGCAUCAGGACCAUCUCUGUCAGCCCUGAUGGAAAACACCUGGCGUCUGGAGACCGUAACGGGACGCUGAGGGUUCAUGACCUUAGCAGUAUGGCAGAGAUUCAGAAGGUGGUGGCUCAUGACGCAGAGAUCCUAUGUCUGGAAUACUCCAAACCAGAGACCGGUCUGAAGAUGUUAGCCACCGCUAGCCGCGACCGUCUGAUCCAUGUCCUGGAUGCUGACAAAGACUACGGCCUAGUCCAGACCCUGGACGAACACUCUUCAUCUAUCACGGCUGUCCGAUUUGCUGCCAAUGACAGCAAGGUGAAGAUGAUCAGCUGUGGAGCGGACAAGAGCAUCUAUUUCCGUACGGCUCACAGGUCAGACAGGAGUCUAGAGUUCAGGCGUUCUCACCACGUGGUGAGGAAGACCACUCUUUAUGACAUGGAUGUAGACCCCAGCUGUAAGUAUGCUGCUGUAGGCUGCCAGGACCGAUGCAUCAGGAUAUUUAAUAUCAGCACUGGGAAACAGAAGAAGCUCUACAAAGGUUCACUGACUGAGGACGGCAGCCUCCUUAAGGUGCAAACGGAUCCAUCUGGUCAGUACAUUGCCACCAGCAGCUCUGACAAGAACAUCAGCAUCUUUGACUUCCGCUCUGGAGAGUGUGUGGCCACCAUGUUUGGGCACUCUGAGAUAGUGACUGGGAUCAAGUUCACCAACGACUGCAAACACCUCAUCUCAGUGUCUGGGGACAGCUGUAUCUUUGUUUGGCGCCUGGCUCCAGAGCUGACCAGCAAUAUGAGAGAACGUCUUUCUCAGGUUCAAAACCCGCUCCCACUGCCCCAGAAGAUGUCCACACUUAGGCGUCACGUAUACAGUGCCCCGGCUCUGAGUCUGAUGUCAUCAGAGAGUGACCAUGAGGAGGAGGAGCCAGAGGAAAGGGACGACCCCUGUGACCCGGAACAGAUCACAGUGCACUCCUCCUCGGAAAGUAGCCAUGAUGAAGACACAGGUGCCUCCGAUGAGGGAUUGGACUGGGAAUCCAAGAAGCAUCCCUUCCCCCUCCAGGCCCCAGAAAGCCCUAUAACCCCUGACCAGUCCCGUCGGCCCCGGCGCCGCUGGUCCUGUAAGAUGGGCUCCCUGGAACUCAUGGUGAAGUCUAUGCUGGAUCUGAGACAGCUGGAGGCCUUCUCCAUCACCGGCCCAUCCCAGAAGAAAGGCACUGACUCCAGGCAGAGAGAGAGAGACACAGGAAGCACCUCCAGCUUGCAAGGGGCCUCACAUGAACUAGCGGAGCGGGUUAAAAGAUGUAAACCUCGACCCCACUACGCUGCCUGGCUGACCCCUAACCCUGACCUGGGCUCCCAAGGGAUGGGUGGAGGUGUGCUCUACCCCGAGGGGAGGGAUGACGCUGACAGUCCACGGGACAGUGAUUACCUGGUCAAGGAGACACCCCAAGGCCCAGGGAACCAUGAGCCGGAAAGCCAGGACCACCAGAGUCCAGAUAGUGCCUGUUCUGUAGGCUACCAGAGUAGAGGUCUUUCUCCUGACCUGGAACAUGGAGAUUCAGAUGGGACAGCAGAGCCUCUAAGCUCAGAUGAGGACAGUUCUGACUUGGAGGAUGAAGAUGAUGAAGAUGAGGAGGAGGAGGAGAAGAAGAUGGCGAUAUCUAGUAUGGACGAGGCGAUAAGAAAAGUCUCUGACCCACUAGGUGACAGUCGCCACGAGGUAUUCCUCAGACAGCAUUUUGAAACCCUGGCUGAGCCCAGCGACAUGGCGGAGCACAGCAGACCUCCCAGCACCAGUAUGUCCGCACAGUUCCUGGCCAGGAGCUCAAACAACAGGAGAAUCCCUCUGUUUGCCAAGACCCAUGAGAAGGAGCAGAGGCCCUUGGUGUCCAAGGUGAGGCCCCUGAUGGAGGGGGGCUUAGGGAAGGGCCAUGAGGACAGACAGAGGCCUUUAACUCCUGGGAGUGUGCCAGAGAGGACAAAGCUGGAGGUGUGUGCUCCAGAGAAGGGCCCUGUGCUGCGUGCCCAACCCCAGAAGAAGAAGCCUCUCGGGGCUCACCUGUGGAGGAUGUCAAGUCCUCUGGGCAGAGCUCCAGCUCUGAUGAACAGAGCAGCCGAACUCCAGAAGUCUCAGUCUGUACAAAACCUGGCCACGGAGGCUCCUGGUUCCCCCAAUCCCUUGAGUAAUCAUGGGAGAGAGAUGCGUCCUCGACCCCAAAACCUCCCCUUCGACCUCCCCCCUCCCAAAACCAUCUCCUGCACCCCCUCUCCCUCUUCCCCACUCUCUCCUCUUAACCCCUGCACCUACAUGAGCCCCACCACCAGCUCUGCUGCCAAGACCAGUCGCUUUGCAUCCCUGGAGGAGGGCCCCCACCCCGUCUUGGUGUCUUGCGACGCUCCCCUAACACUGCAGGGCCUGGGGGAUGACAGUGGAGGGGGUGGAAACGCAACAAGCGCCCCCAAGAGCAGUGGCUCUUCUGGAGGUCUGCUGGAGGACGGAGCCCCCCUCCUAACCCCCUCCCCCCCCCUGUUCUCCCUCCUCCCACUCUGUCUGUUCCCGCUCCUCUUCCCUCUCCUCCCCUUCUCCUCCCUGUCCUCUCCCCGGCCCCUCCCCUACUGCACCGUGUGCAGCGGUCUCGCCCAAUCCCAAUCCAGUGUUGCCUCCGAGCCAGCAGCCCUCCCGGAUUCCCCUGCCAAGCAAACAGCCACUCAGCCCUCGCCGUAGCUUCUGCCUGGAGACCAAACCUCAACCUGAUUGGUCUGUUUCCCCCGCGGGAGACCCAGCCCUCUGUAAACAACACCAGGUAGCUGUCAGUAAGCGCCUGUCCAUGACUACGGGCCAGAUGCAAGGGCUUCUGGGUAACCUCCAGCUUCAGUCUGUCUCAUCUACCUCAAUUCCUUUAAAGCAGGAAGGAACCUUAAACUCAGAGAGUGUUCCAGAGCAAGAGGCAGCGUGCGAGGAGAAUCAAGUGUCUGUCCAGGCCUACACCUUGACCUCCGACCUCCCGCCAGGUCGGAAUCAACGUCGACGCUCCUCUAUCAUUCUUACCGCCACUCUUCCUCUCCAUCAUUCCAUCUGUCUACCUCCUCUUCAUCCUCCUCUUCAUCAUAAGUGCCCUCGCGCUUUCUGGCCUGUCUGUUCGUCUGCCUCUGUCCCUUCAUACUGUUGCCACUGCUGUCUGAAAGCAGAGCCUCCUGUCACUAUGGAGACCUGCAGACUGACUAUAGCGGAGCUUCACAACACCGUCAGGAGAACCACCGAGCUCUACAGCCAGGUCAAGAGCCAUGGGACGGGGUCCGAGGUCAGUGCAGAGCAGCAGGAGAUGGAGAGGGUCCUUACGGAGGCUCUGGUUAUAGUGAAGACCCAACUAGAAUCCUUACCCCUCUCUGCACAUGGAAGGGAAGGCCUCGGGGGGGAGGCAGUGGCAGGCGGGGGGGUCGGGGACAAAAGUGAGGAGGACAGAACGUUGGCUCUUCUGCAGCAGUAUUCUGAGCUCCUACUGAAGUCGGUGGAGAAGAGACUGGACUACAGGAUUUGAGAUGAAAAUACCCAGAAGGCACUUGCUGAAGUAAACAUGCACAUGAAUUAAGUUUAAACACAAUGAAAAGCACACUGACAGGAAUCAUCAACCAAUCCUAUGGACUAAAAUUGCCCAUUUUCAUGAAAUUCUGAAAAUUGACAACUGAAAUUUCAGUCAGUGAAGCAAAUAAUCAAGGAUUGAGCUAAAGCAAUUGUAGGGACUACACUGUGGACAAAUUUACUGCACACAGUUUAUUUUUAAAACCUUUUAACUGUCAAUUCUAAAAGUGGUUUUAGCUUACACUACAAGUUUUUGUGUGAACUGUAAUUGUUUUACGGUCCCUUCAAUCUUAAAACAAGCUAAUUGUUUGUUGUAAAAGUGUUUGAAAAUGAAUGCUGAGUGUUACCCCAGAUUUUACAGUGAGGGUGGUGUGAAUGGUGUUUUGACUAUCAAGUCUAUCUGUGUUGAUAAUGCAGAUUUUACAGUGAGGGUUGUGUGAAUGGUGUUUUGACUAUCAAGUCUAUCUGUGUUGAUAAUGCAGAUUUUACAGUGAGGGUUGUAUGAAUGGUGUUUUGACUAUUAAGUCUAUCUGUGUUGAUAAUGCUGUUGUCUAGCAGGUCAAAUAAAAUGAGAAGAAACCCUU